AUGUUGUCUAUCAGAGGACAGGGCCAGGAGAACCUGGUGAACGCGCACCAGACGGCUGCGGCCUCAAAGCCGUUGAACCAGGGAGUGCGACAUCUCCUGCCAAAGACGCCGGGCAAGCUGCCACCGAAAACGCCGUUUAGACUCCCUCUUCACGAUGAAAACAGGCCACUUACGUUCGGGAAGGGGUUGGGCGCCGGGAUAGGGAAAAGCGUGGUGCUCAAGGGACAGGAUGAGAAUGCGGCUCUGCAGGGCAAGGGGAAAGGUGCGGAUAAGAAGGCGUUGGCUACUCCGGCGGGGACGAUCAAGCAAAGAAGUGCCAAACGGGGGUCGACUCGCAAGGUCAAGAAGGCCGCACCGCUGCCUGAACAGGCCACACAGGAGAAGACCGUGACUGUGGAGGAGGAGGAGCCUGAGAGAGAGAUUGAAUACAUGCCUCCAAAGCCAAAGCCUCUUCCUGAUGACGAUGGAUAUAUUACAUACGACACGACCUUCCCACACUUCAAAGGAAACAACUUCGCCCGCGGAUGGGAGAAGCUCUAUGAAGACACCUCUGUGGGUGAAGAUGGAUUGACAGCCAAGCAGCGAGAAGAGAAAGAGCUCGAUGAUGCAUAUAACAAGCACAUCGAAGAAUUGAUUCAAGCACAGAUUGAUAGCAUUGGCACUCUUGAGCUAGACGGAGAAGGAGACGACGCCAAAGCGGAAGCAGAGGAGUCCAGACCUGUCAGCCGAGCCACCACCAAGUCCCAGCGGUCAGAGAGAACAGUGUCUACCCUCCGAUCAAAGAGUGCUGCACAGGCUCUGGCCAUGGACCCAAAGGAAAGUGUACGGACCAGGAGUUCGGCUAGGCUGGCUGCAAAGGCCGCUGCAAAGGCUGCUACUGCCACCACCGCAACAACAACAAAACAGAAAAAGACUACCGAACCAACUAACCCAUCUUCCAUGCGCCAUACAGCCGCGGUGGCCAGCUCAAGGAGCACUCUGGGCUACUCCAAGGGUCGUGAGGCAUUGGCAGCUCUAAGAGAAGGGACCGACCAACCCAAGAGCAGCUCCAAGACGAACAGGUCAACAAACAAUGCCGGCGGACAGGAGAAUGAAACAGACCACCUCUCACCAGAGUUGUACAUGCAGCUCUAUGGCCCACCUGCGUUUGGCACUGAGAUGUGGUCCCGGUGUAAGAUUGCCGGCUACUUUGACGACGAGGUCAAGACGACCGAAGAGCUUUUGGGUAUAGACAGCACCAACGUUGACGAUGCCUUUGUGGAGGACGAGGAGAGUGCUAAUUUCCAGCUUCUCAUCUAA